GUUCCUGGAUGCUGUAGGUGUCAGUGAGGUUUGUACCUUCGGGCCUGCCUCCCCCGUCUCCCGAGGGAAACUAAGAAGUUUAACUGAGCAGGGACACUGAGGAGAUUAAGGGAGUGGAUCUCAGAAGCGAGGCGGAGAGGGUGGGGACUGCGGGCACAGCGGGUAGAGAAGCACCUAGUUAACCCAUCUCCCGGCCAGAAAAAGCGUCUUGAAAAGGCUGGCGUGACCCAUGUGCUCUGAAAUGUCUAGAGAGCCCCGAGCGGUGAUGAUCACAGAGUGAGUGGCACUGGGCUGAGCCUGUCUAAAUCGUGGACAAGAGGGAUGCUAGCAUUUAGAAAGGCCAGGAGGAAACUCAGGAUGGGCACCAUCUGCUCUCCCAAUCCCAGCGGGACAAAGGCGGCCUCGGAGGUCUGCAAUGCUGACUGGAUGGCCUCGCUCCCCCCUCACCUCCACAACGUCCCCCUUUCCAAUCUGGCAAUCCCAGGCUCCCAUGAUUCAUUCAGCUACUGGGUAGAUGAAAAGUCCCCAGUGGGGCCUGACCAAACCCAAGCUGUCAAACGCCUCGCCCGGAUCUCCUUGGUGAAGAAGCUAAUGAAGAAGUGGUCUGUAACUCAGAACCUGACCUUCCGGGAGCAGCUGGAGGCUGGCAUCCGCUACUUUGACCUGCGCGUGUCUUCCAAGCCGGGGGACACCGACCAAGAGAUCUACUUCAUCCACGGGCUCUUUGGCAUCAAGGUUUGGGAUGGAUUGAUGGAGAUUGAUGCAUUUCUCACUCAGCACCCUCAAGAGAUCGUCUUCCUGGAUUUCAACCACUUCUACGCCAUGGAUGAGGCCCACCACAAAUGCCUGGUUCUGCGGAUCCAGGAGGCCUUUGGGAACAAGCUGUGCCCAGCCUGCAGUGUGGAAAGCAUGACACUGCGAAGCCUGUGGGAGAAGAAAUGCCAGAGCCCUGAGAACCUAACAAUAAGAGAACUGUUCGACUCGGUGUUGAAUCUCCCUGCCAUCCUCGACUGGGUGAAGACUCAAAAGCCUGGAGCCAUGGGUGUCAACAUCAUCACAUCUGACUUCGUGGACCUGGUGGACUUUGCCACGACCGUGAUUGAGUUGAAUGACCUUCUAGAGGACCGAGCUCUGACUAAAUGCUGAAUUGAUGCUUUGUUUAAUUUGAUGUUGAGAUUGUUGAGCUAAGGUAGGAUUCUUGAAGAUUCCAGUUAGGAAGGCUCACUGCUGGUCAGUCCUGGAGAAGUGAGGAAGAGAAAGAGGGCCCUCCCCCUUUCCUCACGUAGCUAUUUGGAUAAAACUCUGGGGAUUUUCAUUGCAUUUCCCUAAAUGAGACUUUUAAAAACUUAAGUCUAAGGGAAGAAUGUGUAUUUUAUAUGGUCAAGGUCAGGAUCUCCCCAGUGGCUUAUGGUGGCAAAUAGAAGGCAGAAGUAUGGUUUCCUGAUUCCAUGGGCUAUGCAACAUCUUAAACGACCCUGCUUCCUAUCGUCUUCUGGGGGCAUUUGAGCCCGUGUGAAGACUAAAUCGGAAAGGCAUUCCUGGUCAGAAGAACAGCAAUGGCGCAUGUAGUCAUGGACCACCCUCUGGGAGGUCUUUGCCAUUAACCAAGAACUCUGAGGGGCUCCUAGGGAGCCAAGCUCCAGGUUCUCUCUUGAACUGUACAAUAUCACCACUUCUGUACGAGAGCAAGACGUGUUUAUUACCACACUGUUCAGCCACAGGCUGGCUCCGGAAGUGGUCCCCUUAAGUUUUCAUGUAAACAGUGCACACUACCCUUGGCAUCAGAACUGUAUUUCCCUGACUUAAAGUAUUGAUUCCUUUCAUUUCCUUUUGGGCCCCCUCUUUAAAAUGAAAGGAAUGGUGGUGGGGAAUGAUUUGUGUGAGGGCCCAAUAGGAGCUAAAUAUGCAUGUUUGCUGCAUGCCAGAAUUCUUUGAUUUAAUCCUGUAGCUUUCUCCCCAAGUGACUAUCGGGAAAGUCCCUGCGUCAUUUUGGCACAGUCUUCUUUGGAGCGAGGUCUUCAAGCCGACACUGGAAUCAAUAUUUGAUGGUUGUCUACCUGGGACCUGGUCUGCUGCGGGACACAAUGCUAAGCGGACACAACGCUAACCCGAAGGCUGCUUGUCCGUGACACACUGGAGGCUGACACAGGGCGUGUGGGAAUGUGCAAUGGCAUUAAAGGAGAAAGUUCCAAGCGGGUUCGGAGCCAGUCUGUAA